UAUAUAUUAUCUUUAUCGAUUAUUUAACAGACUUAUUAUAGUUGUUGGAAUUUUUUGUAGAUCGUUGUAUGAUAAUAUCAUCUUACAUUUUGGUUUUAUUAUAUCCACAAGAAAGAUUCUACACUACUUACUAUAAUAAUCAUUUAUUAAAUUGAAAACUGCAAUUAUUUGUUUAUACAAUAUUAUUAAAUUUAUAUUUUUUCUAAUUCCGACGACAAAAUUUUAAUUUGUUUUAUAAGUAAAAUUUGCAAUGACUGCUGUUCCAAAGACUCUUAAACCCAAGGUCAAAUUAAAUAGAAGAAAGACCGUUGUAACUAGACUCGGUAAGACGAAAGUUGUUGGUCGGAAAUAUGCCAGUGUUCCCAAAGUACGUGAAAGUCUUAAGCCAGGCGCUGUUUUAAUUUUGCUGACUGGAAGCUACAAAGGCAAACGCGUUGUGUUGCUUAAGGUCUUGAAAAGCGGACUUCUAUUAGUCACUGGACCCUUCUCAUUUAAUGGCGUUCCUCUUAGGAGAGUAAAUUCUAGAUAUGUCAUUGCGACCUCAACUAACGUGUAUGAGUUUCCCGAGUAUGAUGGUUCCUCACUGAAGUCCUCAGUUGAAAGAGCAGUUUCAGACCUUACUGACGAAAGUUUCGGAAAGACAAAGGAGACUAAGCUUGCCGAGUUCAAGGACCGCAAGAAGAAAAACAAGAACAAGGACUCCAUGUUCGUUGACGAGCCAUCUGUUUCAGAGAAGUCCCCGGAACUUAUGGCCAAGCUUAAGGCUCUCCAGAGUAAGGUUGACGAUGUCCUAGUUCCUUCUCUUAAGAAGUCACAGCACUUGACUAAAUACCUCAAGUCAAGAUUUACACUAAGGAACAACAUGUAUCCACACCUACUCAAGUUUUAAUUUAUUUUGAGUACA